AUGUUCUUCAGAAGGUUUCGAGCUCAGCUAACCAGAUCCCUUUUCAUGCUAAUUGUCUCUGAAUAUGCGUGUAUGAUGAAACUGUUCCACGGGUUCGUUCUUAGUCUGAAUAUUAUUCGUUUAUCUUCGCAGUAUUUACCAACGGAUGAAUUGGACGAUACAGAUGCCAUGUCUUACGAAGCUAUGUCCAAACACCUCACACCUCACGAAUUAGACACAAUCUGUAAAAUGAGUCAAGAUAGACGCUUGUUUUCCAACCUCUGCAAUUCUCUUUUCCCAACAAUUCAUGGAAACGAGGAGGUGAAGAAGGGAAUUCUGCUCAUGUUGUUUGGUGGUGUACCUAAAGUAACCGAAGAAGGCACGCAUUUGCGAGGUGAUUUGAAUGUUUGUCUGGUUGGCGAUCCAAGUACCGCAAAGUCACAGUUCCUGAAACACGUUGAGCGUUUUUCGCCACGUGCUGUUUACACCAGUGGCAAAGCCAGUUCUGCUGCCGGUUUGACGGCGGCUGUAGUUCGCGAUGAAGAGUCAUUCGAAUUUGUGAUUGAAGCGGGAGCCUUAAUGCUUGCUGAUAACGUAAGUCUGAUUUGGCAUUUAUAA